GUAUAACAUGAUGUGUUUUAGGUGGUGCAAAAGUAGUUUCUGCUGUUUGGGAAAAUUGUUUUAAAACGUAUUUUAGAAAGGUACUUCCAAUUGAAGUAUGGAAUAUAAAGUGAAUGAUUUUUUUAAUGAAAUAAACGAAAUAGCACCUCCACCAUUAAAAGAGGUUCAGGAUGAAGAUUGGAAACAAUGUUUUGACAAGCUCACUGGGUAUCCAUAUUAUUGGAACAAAAAGACUGACGAAGUUACUUGGACUGUACCCGCUGGUUUUAAAGAGGAGAAAACCCUUCCGAAACCUCAGAAAAAACCCCCACCAAAGUUACCACCAAAAGCCUCUCAGCCGAAAUCGUUAUAUGUUCCAAAAAGUUCCUCCCUGUUUCCAGCAGCUGCGUCGAACCUUGUACCAAAAGAAUCUGUAAAAGUUUAUUCAGUUGCCGAAGCCACUGCUGCUAAAAAGCGACCAGUAGCUACUAAAAAAGAAUCACAAAAGAGGCGUUAUCCAAAAGAUGAUCAGUCAGAUGAUGAGAAAAUUGUAUUGAUAUCAUCAUAUGGUUCAGGGUCAGAUUCAGAAGAGGAACCUCCAGUUGCGAAAAAGAAUAAACCGGAAAUACCUCCGCCUAAACAGCGUGAAAGUUCUGUUUCUGAUGAUGAUGACGACGAUUUAGAUAUCUUAGCAAAAAUCCAGAAAAGGGCACAGGAACUUCGAGAACUCGGAGGUGACAUUCCAGCAGAAGUGAAAAGCGUUGUAGAAAAUACCAAGAGCGAAGUAUCGAGUCCACGUGUACACUUGGGAGUACCAAUCGGUCCUUCAUUACCAGAAUAUUCCAAAAAAGACAAUAAGGGAGUACCAAUUGGCCCUUCAUUGCCAGAAUUUUCCAAAAAAGGCAAUAAGGGAGUACCAAUCGCGCCUUCAUUACCAGAAUAUUCCAAAAAAGACACGCAGACUUCAAAUAAAAAGGUAACAACAGGGCCUUCAUUAGUUGCUAGUUAUUACAGUGACAGUGAUAGCGAUGAAGACAAUGAAGAAAUUAAAAACAUUCCUCAAGUGAAACAGGAAUUGCCUGUGGCUCAUAGUACUUUAUUUCCAGUUACCAAACCUGUAAGUAUAAACGACUUCAUAACACCAAAACCUGAAGUGACUGUUAUUGAAAGUCCCAAAAAUGCAGUAACUCAACCAUUCGAUAGUAAAUUAUUUAUGAGAAAGAAGAAGUUGUCAGUACCAGUCGUGACCGUUGCGAAAAAAAGCGGAGACGAUGAAGAACGCAGAACAGGUUUUGGCUUCGAGGAAAAUGUAGCUACUUCAGAAAAAGGGAACGAGAAUCUAUAUCCUGGUUUUAAGAAAGGUGGUGUAGCUUUUGUCAAAUCAGAUGUUCUAUUACCUUCAUUUACCAGGAACGAAGGGUCCAAUAGUAAAGAGGAAGAUGAUCAAAUCGAUAAGGAAGGCAUUGAUAUUACAUAUACUAAUUUAAAGGAUAAAUUAACGUUUUUAAAUGAAGGUAGACCGCCAAUAUCGUCGGUACAGGUGAUGCUAGUGCAAGCUGAGACUCUUGUGGUUGCUAUGAAUGAUGGAGCACUGAAGAGAUCGUAUCUAAAAAAAUGGUUAGAUGAUACUUGUUCAGAAUUAAAGAAACUAGAAAAAGAAGCAGCGCCUACUGGAUGGAUGUUACAAUGGGACAGAACGCACAGAAGGUAUUUCUACCAAAACAAAAUUUCCGGAACUAGUCAGUGGGAGUACCCACAGCCAGAUAUGAACACUAAUGACGUAGCCAUGGAUAUAUCUACAACGCCGCCUCCACCACAAGAGAUUGAGUCGCCGCCUCCCGAAGAAGUGUUACUACCUCCUCUUCCACCCAAGAUAAGAAGUCCAUCCCCGCCUCCUCCACCAAUUAUCAGCUGCGCUGAAUACGAUGAAGUUAUUGUACCUAGUGUUCCUGUUCCAGUUCCUACUAGUCCUGUUGCACAACUCACCUACAACGGUCAACCUCAUCCUCCAGGAGUGGACAUAAGUGAAUUGGCACCAACAAACCCGCAACCACCAGAUCUCGAUUCUGCUUUGGAUUCGUUCUAUUCCGAUAUUGCAGCUAUAACUUCGUCUCCAAAACCACCACCUCAACAAGAAGAAGAAAACGUUUCUCCUGUUGAACUUCCAAUAGAGACUGUUAAGAAAAAGAAGAAACCAAAGGUGAAAUUGGCACAAGGAUUAACAAUGAAGAAAAAAGGAGUAUCUCAGUUGGUAGAGAAAUGGAAAAAUGUACAGCAAGAAUAUAAUAAUUAAUGUAAAUAAAUUAUUUUUACUGUUUUAA